AACAACCGUUUGCGUAUAACAUUACUUACGCAAUGUAUAUGUCUCUUAAUUAAAUGUUACGUAGAUUAGUCCUUGAUUAGUUCAUUUACUCAUUUCUUGAGUAAUAUUACAUUUGCGGCUAAUCAUAGAAAAAAAUCGACAGAUAACCGAUUUGAUGGAUCGAAAAUUACUAUGAAGUCGAAUAUCGUUGAAUCGAUUAUUUCGAUUAAUCGAUCAUUCAGAAGAAGGCAGUAAGAGAGUAGUGUGCAGUGGUUCAUAUAAGUGUUGUACAUUUUUGAACAAAGGACAAAUUAAAACGAGGUUAUAGUGGAGAUGGUUGGUUGUGUAUAAUUUGAGCAAGAAAACUGAGUAAAAACUUCAGACUCCCUCUUUCUCGUAGAACGAUGUUGACCAUACGGUGACGAGGCCAGCCAGAUCGGCGGAAAACUACGUCACCAGUGACGGAUUCCCCCGAAACUGGGACAAAGUGCAGUGUACUCUGGCAUUGCGCUUUGCCGGAAUCUCUCUCACUUCAUGUCCUAGUAUCCCCCUCCCCCCUCUUUUCCCCUUUCUCUCUCUCUCUCUUACUCUCAGGAUUGACCAAUCGUCUCGUCAUCCUCGAAUCCUCGAUCGAAACUGACAGGUAAUCAACGACGAAUGGUGCAGGUUCAACAAUAUAGCUUCUGGAGGGUUCAGUAUCAUGUCAGAUGGGGUUGAUGCUGGUGGCGGGGAAAACGAGGUAGAUUCCCAUUCCUGUUCGCACGCCGAUGUUGGAGAAUCAUCAAAUCCGAGAGAUGAGGAGAAUUUGGAUCCAGAUAAUGAAGCUGCCUUAAAUACUAAUUACGAUAGUGGUGAUGGUGCUGUACCAGCUUUUAGGUGUGAAAGGUGUGAGAACUAUGAAACUAUAAAUAAGACAGCAUUCUGCGCUCAUCAGGAUCAAUGUUUGGCUAGUGCUGAGCCAGGAGAGAGCACAGAGAAUAUAGAAGCUACUGAAAAUGAUGGAGAUGGAGAAGAAACGCAUCCUGGAAUUCGUUCUCAUAGGAAAAUGUUUGAAUGUGAUGUUUGCAAUAUGCAGUUUUCCAAUGGAGCUAACAUGAGACGGCAUAAGAUGAGACACACUGGUGUGAAACCAUAUGAAUGUCGUGUAUGCCAAAAAAGAUUUUUUCGAAAGGAUCACUUGGCAGAACAUUUUACAACACAUUCUAAGACUCUGCCUUAUCAUUGUCCAAUUUGCAACCGAGGUUUUCAAAGACAAAUUGCUAUGAGAGCUCAUUUUCAAAAUGAACAUGUCGGCCAACAUGAUAUGGUCAAGUCUUGUCCUUUGUGCAAUUAUCGUGCAGCAACUAUGAAGUGCCUCAGGUUACAUUUUUUUAAUAGACAUGGAAUCGAUCUAGAUAAUCCAGGACCAAACAGUUCAAGUUCAUUGAUGAAUAGCUGUGCUCCAGGUGAAGCUAUGCCUUCUGCUCCUCUUUCCGAUAGUGGAGACAGUACUGGAAAUCGUUCCGCAGAUAAUGCAACACCGCCAAUGCACUUUCUAACACCUCACAUAGAAAUAUCAAUUCCUUAUCCAGAACAAACUACAAAUCAACGAAAUCCAAGUCCUGCUCCUUUAAAUGGAGAUAGCCCAAAUAGUCCUCAAAGUGCAGACAGUAAUAGUAAUGCUCCAAGUAGUAGUCACCAUCAGUUACCAAUUAACAGUAGUGGCAUUCACAGGAAUCUUGGUGGAAGUGAAGAGGCAAUUACACCUUCUAUUUCAUUAAUUCCUAUUAAGCAAGAACCAAACAGUAAUGGAGCGGAAGAAAAUGGAGCAACAUCCAGCAAUCUUCCAUUACCAUCUUUGAUAAAGGUCUCUCCAUUAAAAUCCCUUCUUCGAGACGACUUACGACGUAAACUUUCAUCUGGCUCAGGAAAUAAUAACAAUAACAACAAUAAUAAUAAUGGUAAUAAUAGUUCAAAUUCAAAUCCCCAUUCAAGAGGAGAACCUCCUAGUUCGACAAGGCCCGAUCAACGAAGUAGUGGACUUCAAUGCGCUCACUGUAGGAUUACUUUUCCUGAUCAAACAUUAUAUUUUCUUCAUAAAGGUUGUCAUAGUGAAAGCAAUCCUUGGAAAUGCAAUAUUUGUGGAGAACAAUGUUGCAACUUAUAUCAAUUCAAUUCGCAUUUAUUAAGCAAAAGUCAUCAAUAAUUUUAUUGAAAGAAUAAUAUUCUUUUAAGAGCUCUUAGAACCUCGUUUAUUUAAAUAGUUAUUAUAUAAUAUAAAUUACUUUGCUAUAAUUUAUAUGAACAGAAUCAUAAUCUUGAGUUGAAAAGAAUUGUUUUAUGCUAUAAACCAUACGUAUUACAAUUUUCCAACUUAAUAUUUUUAUUUAUUUUAAAAUCUAUAUAUGCAGAUAUUGAUUAACUAGAAAUCAAGUAAACGAGGUUCGAAAAAUAAUUUUGCAAUCUGGAAAAAGUCGUGCCUUCAUCAAAAUACCUUUGCCAACGCUCACAUUCGUCCGAAACGUGCUAAUUUGUGAUGGUACGAAUGAUCCGUCCAUGGAGCUUUACUAAAACGUAUUCCAGAAGCUCUAUUGAUAGUUUUAAACAUAGUUAUGUAUAUUUAGAUAGAAAAAAGCAGUGACUAUAUUACCAAAAUGUGCUCUUUUUUUUUAUUCAAAUUCUUUUUACGCACUGUUUUUUGUUUGGUUUUUUUUUUUGUAAAAUUAUUUGUUAAAUUUUAUUAAUUUUAUAUUUAUGUAAUGUGUCCUUAUACAUAAUUUUACUUAGUUUUAUUAUAGAAAGGAUUUUAUGAUCAUUACAGAAUGUUGUUGCUUUGGUUAUUUGUAUGUAGAAAAGAAUCACGAAUAAUUAAGGAAAAUUAAUUACAAACUAAAUUUCAGUUGUCAAUUUAUUAUUAUGGUAUGAAAAAAGAACCGAGCCGUGUGUUAUAUAUAAAUACAGAUAUAUAAAUAGGAAAAGGAUAUGACAACUAAAAUAUUGUGUCAGCAUAAGAAAUAUUUUAUAUAAAAAUAUUUGUACAGAAAAGUAUUAAAGUAUAAAAAAGGUAUGCAAAUAAGGAAGUCAAGAUAUCAUAUUUCAGAAA